CCCACGUGAGGAAAACGAUGGCGACAGGGGAUACAGGGAACACGUUGGAGAGCUGUUUGAGCAUUUUAAACGCCAAAACAGCCCACCCAGAACAAUUUCUAAGUCUCCAAGAUGCUCUGGCAACAGACUUUACAGGCCUCAGCAAGACCCUGUACGACCUGCACAAGACCCAGCUGCAGCAGACCCUUCUGAGCGGCCUCACCGGGAGCCCACUGGACCAGCUGGUGGUGGAGAACUUUGACGAAGAACAGAUAUGGCAAGAACUGGAGCUCCAGAACUCGCCGGCACUCACACGCUUCCAGGAGGUGGUGAGUCAGGUGACAGCAGACCAAGGGGUCAGCAUCCUAGAGGAGAUGGAGGAGGAGGAGGAGGAUGGUGGUGAUGGAGGACUUGAUGGGGAGGGUGAUGAAGACGAUGCUGAAGACAAGGAAAUGGAUGAUGAUGAUGAUGAUGAAGAUGACGAGGAAGAAAGGGGCGAUUCAAAACCUGGAGUUGGCGAUGAGGAGGAUGACGAAGAAGGUUUUUCAGAUCAGGACUCGGACUUGGACUUUGACGUGGACGCACUGGAGAAGAAAGCCAAACAGAAGAAGAGCCAGAAAACCGGUGCCGGGCCCAAAGGCAAGUGGGCCGAGCCUUCGGAGGUGGACGAUAAGUUCUUCAAGCUGUCAGACAUGGAGGCCUUCCUGGACGACAUGGACCGGCGAGAGGAGAAGGGUGAGGACACUGGAGAAGACAUCGACUACUUCCAGGACCUUGCGUCUGGAGACGAGGAGGAGGGGUUUGACUUUGACAAGCCCUCUGUGUCAAAAAAACAACAGAAACAGAAAAGCUCGCGGAACCUGAAGUACAAAGACUACUUUGACGCUUCGGAGGGAAUGCCGGAGAAGACGGGAGAUGAGGAUGAGGACGAGGACGAGGAAGGAGAGGAGGAUGAAGAUGAGGGGGAGUUUGGAGACGAUAUGGAUGAGGAGGACUUUGAUGAGGAAGCGGAGGAUAUUGAUGAGGAGGAGAGCAGGAAGGCCAGAGACGCCCUUCGAAGAGUGACCUUUGACCUCCCAGAAGAAGAGGAAGAGGAAGAGGAGGAGGAGAGCGAGGGAGAGGACAUGCAGGACAUCCUGGGAGGGAAAUCUCCGAAGGCGGAUAAACAAGAGCCCAAGUCCUCGUUUGAGAAACGACAGGACAAGAUGGCGGAGCGCAUCAGUGAGCUGGAGGAAGCGGCGCUGGAGGAGAAACCAUGGCAACUGACGGGAGAGGUGACGGCCCAGACACGACCAGAGAACAGCCUGCUGGAGGAAGACAUGGCCUUUGACCAAGCCAGCAGAAUGGCCCCUGCGAUCACGGAGGAGACGACGAUGAACUUGGAAGAAAUCAUCAAGCAGAGGAUCAAGGACCAGGUGUUUGAUGACGUGGUUCGUAAGGAGAAGCCUAAGGAGGACAUCUUUGAGUAUAAGAAGCGUCUGACCCUGGACCACGAGAAGAGCAAACUCAGCCUGGCAGAGGUGUACGAGCAGGAGUAUGUCAAACUCACAGAGGAGAAGACUGAGGAGGAGGAGAACCCCGCCCACAAGGAGAUCCAGAAGAUGAUGGACGUCCUCUUCCUGAAACUAGACGCCCUGUCCAACUUCCACUUCACACCCAAACCAGCCAUUCCUGAGGUGAAGGUGGUCUCCAACCUGCCCUCUAUCGCCAUGGAGGAGGUGGCACCCGUCAGCGCCAGCGAUGCCACCCUGCUGGCACCAGAGGAGAUCAAGGACAAGAACAAGGCGGGAGACGCGGUGGGCGCCACAGAGAAGACGGCGACGGAUAAGAAGCGCGAGAGGAGGAAGAAGAAGAAGCUGAAGCACCUGAAGCUGGUGGAGAAGGAGAAGAGGAUGAAGUUGAAGGCAGCAGCAGGAGGAGGAGGAGGAGGGGAGAACCAGAAGGUCUCCAAGGCACAGGCGGCUGACACACUCAAGAAGCUCACCAAGGGAGGGAAAGCCAAGAUACUCACGAACGACGGCAUGGACAAGGCUCUGCGCUCGUCCCAGGCCUUCUUCUCCCAGCUGCAGGACCAGGUCAAGUCCCAGAUAAAAGGCUCCAAGGACCAGAACAAGAAGAAGAAGAAAAACGACCAGGAGCUUAAUUCCAGCAAGCUCAAGUUAUAGCCCAGAGACUCAUGAUCUAAACUAAAUUUUCUGGAUUUUUAUUAUUCACAUGUACAGUUUUUUUUGUUUUUGUUUCGUUUUCCUCAAUGUUAUUCAGAUAACUUUAUUACCUAUGUGUGUGUACAGUAUGCACACUUGUUAUUUGAGAUUAAAGCGGAAUCAUGAUUUGUAAA